ACAGAUUUUUAAGGACAGUUCGAUCUUGAAUCGCACAAACCAGUUGUAGUUGACCGUGCAUUUUCUAAAGCUCUUUACGAGAUUAGUGUUAUUUGCAAGUAUCUACACGAUCAAUCUGAUUACGCAACAACCCGAAAUUCAAAAGAAAAAUGGCGACGGAACAGAGAGGUGAGAUGAUGUUGUUUCCUAUUGCUGAUUUCAUUCGUCACGGCGGUCCCUUUUGAUGUGUACCACCGCAGUCAAUCGACGGGGCCCAAUGUCUAUCCAUCAAGGACCAGUACAAAAGAGUCAUCUGCGUUUUUCUUUUUAUUUCUUUUGUAGAGAGGAUAUGCAACGAUGGCGCGGCUGCUGUGCGUUGUACGCACGCACAAAUUGCGUGUACACACUUCAUUCAGAAGGGGCUGGAACUCGACGUGCGCUGUUGUUCCAUUCUGCGGAUGGAGAAGCAAUCGACAGGUCGAUGAUUUUUUGAUUGAAUCGUCUGCGUCGCAUUGUCUUGCCGAUUUCACCGCUGAUUCUUCGACGUUUUACGACGAAUCUUGCGGCACCCAUUCGCCCUCGGACGAUUCUGAAUUGAUGAGCGGGAGCGACGCGGAGUCUGUUUACUCGUCGUCGCCGGAGCAUCGGAGCAGCGACAGCGGAAACGGCGGCACUUCAUCGUCGGGUCGAGCGUCUAAUUCUAACGGCGUCGGUAGUAGCAGUCGCUCGUGGCGUCGCAAACGACGCUGCGGCCACCAACAGGUCCACCAGCGUCAAGCGGCUAAUUUGCGUGAGCGUCGCCGUAUGCAGUCGAUCAACGACGCCUUUGAAGGCCUACGCACUCACAUACCGACGUUGCCCUACGAAAAACGGCUUUCCAAGGUGGACACGCUGCGUUUAGCCAUUGGCUACAUUGGUUUUUUGGCCGAAUUGGUGGCUAACGACCGACACCCUACCGAUGUCCUUCAGAACGUCGUACCUGAGCCGCCCAAAAAGAUCUUCAUUAGCUCCACUAAAGAUGUGCAACAUCACGGCGUAGCGUCUGUGGCGUCAGUCCAUUCAAUAUCGUGGUCUUCUGAGAAGGAAAAUGCGAACGCUACGCAUCCGGGUGGCGUCAUGGUGGCCAAAUUGUGGACGCCAGAAGAUCCGCGUUCUCUCCGCUCUCAUCAAGAUAGCGCCGGACCGUUUGGCCAUGCCAACUGAAUCAACUUUGAUUUUAUUAUAUAUUUUUUUUUUUUCACCAAAUAAUAAUAUUUCUUGUUGUUGUUUAUUCUCUACACACUCCCUUUUCUUAAACCUUUGUUUUGGCAAACAAUUCCAUCACCCUGUAUAGCCGCCGGUCCUUCUAUUAUUUGACAUUUGGUUUUUUAUAGUUGGCCAACUGUACCCGAAUUUGUGCAAUUUCGGCAACACCUCUAGUCACACACGAUCGAGCGUCCUACCCUUUUAAAACAGUAAACAGCCCAAAGAUGUGAAUCCGCAUGUUAUAGAAGACAAUUUGCUGCUGUGCGUGUAAAUAUAUAUUUAGACCAUUCCA